AUGCACCGAAAUGCCCAAACAACGCGCAAAUCAGACAUCGAGAAUUGUUGUUUGGCAGACCGCCACCGCCUUGACGUUUCAGCUCCACCUGCAGGAACCACAAACGUUGCGUGCGCUGGUACUGUAACAGCGGGCCACGUGCAUGCGUUUCAGCGGUCACCAACCAACCAUGACGACGAUGACUUCAUCUCGGCAGAUCGCACGGAUGUGCCUCUCAAGCCUUAUGCGCAGAAUGAGGAGCUGAAGAUUGAGUGGGUUUCUACUAUGACGAAAGAUGGCUUCACGUCUCCGAACUGCUGGUAUCGAGCUUUGAAGGAGGACUAUCAUCUCGACACGGAGAAGGGGUUGGAUGGGAAGCUUGACAAGCCUUACUUGUUCAUUGCAAGCGAUGGUGAUGCGGUGUGCAGGACUGAUGCCAUUGAGAGAGCCAAGGGGUCGGGACUUGUGCCUGAUCAUGAGGUCCACGAGGUGCAUAGUGGGCACUGGGCUCCGUUCGAGCAGCAGGAUCAGAUUUCCAAGAUCGUGCUUGAAUGGCUCAAGAAGAAGGGAUUCUCAGGGUUAUGA